UCAGCGCUGCCGCUCACCGCUCCCGGACGGCUCCGUUCGCCCGCCCGGCGCCGCACAGAGGAUGUCUGGAGGAGACAUGGCCAAACCCCUCCUGGGCCAGGGGAGCGCGGAGGGCGAGGGCCGCACGGCGCCGGCGGCCGGGCGCGCCGUGGGGGUGCUGGGCAGCGGUGACUUCGCGCGGGCCUUGGCCAUCCGCCUCGUGUGCUCCGGCUUCAAGGUGGUGGUCGGCAGCCGCAAUCCCAAGCGCAAAGUCGGCCUCUUCCCUUCGGCAGCAGAAGUCACGUUCCAGGCCGAGGCGGUGAAGAAGGCGGACGUCAUUUUCGUGGCGGUUUUCAGGGAGCAUUACUCCACCCUCUGUGAGCUGGCCGAUGUGCUGGAGGGCAAGAUCCUGGUGGACGUUAGUAACAACACCGAGAUCAACCAUCACAAAGAGUCCAACGCCGAGUACUUGGCUUCCCUGUUCCCAGCCUCCACCGUGGUCAAGGGCUUUAACGUGGUUUCUGCAUGGACGCUGCAGUCGGGUGCCAGGGAUGGAAACAAGCAGGUUCUGAUUUGCUCAAAUAGCCCAGAAGCCAAGCGCACGGUAACAGAAAUUGCUCAAGGCAUGGGAUUCACCCCUGUGGACAUGGGCUGCAUGUCAUCAGCCUGCGAGAUCGAGAACAUUCCCCUGCGCCUCCUGCCAGCCUGGAAAAUCCCCAUCUUUUUGGCUCUGGGUCUCUUUCUUUGCUUCUUCACUUACAACCUGAUCCGGCAGGUCAUCCACCCUUACAUCAGGGAGCAGAAGAACAAAUUGUACAAGAUCCCCAUCGAGGUGGUCAACACGACUCUGCCUUGCGUGGCCUAUGUCAUGCUGUCCCUGGUCUACCUGCCCGGGGUUCUGGCAGCCUGCUCGCAGCUCUACCACAGCACCAAGUACAGGCGCUUUCCAGAUUGGCUCGACCAGUGGCUCCAGCACCGCAAGCAGAUUGGUCUGCUCAGCUUCUUCUGCGCGGCGCUGCACGCCGUGUACAGCUUCUGCCUGCCCAUGCGCCGCUCACACCGCUACCAGUUGAUUGAGACGGCUGUCAAGCAGGCUAUGGAGAAGAAGAUGAAUAUCUGGGUAGAAGAGGAAGUCUGGAGGAUGGAGAUUUAUAUCUCUGUUGGAAUAAUUGCCCUGGGCUUGCUGUCAUUACUUGCCAUCACUUCACUUCCAUCUGUCUCAAACUCUCUCAACUGGAGGGAAUUCAGUUUCAUUCAGUCCACCCUUGGAUUUAUUGCCUUGGUAAUCAGCACUCUGCACACACUCACGUACGGAUGGUCGAGGGCCUUCGAUGAGAACCAGUACAAAUUCUACCUGCCCCCAACCUACACCCUCACACUGCUCGUCCCAUGUACUGUCAUCCUGGCAAAAAUCAUCUUUGCUUUGCCCUGCAUCCACCAGAGACUCCAGCGAAUCAGGAGGGGCUGGGAGAAGGGCAGAUACGUCAAGUUUGUCCUGCCCAGUGCGACGGGGGAAUAUUCCAGCGGGGAGACCUCCAGCAAUGUCUAACAGAGCCCCGGCUGUGACAGAGGAUUUCAAAGCACUAUCAGCAUUUCUAGCAAGGUGUUUCUUUUUCUUAAAUAUAUGUAUGUUUUGGUAUAAUUGUAUGGUGGGUAAAUAAUAAAAUUUGGUGACUUUAGAAAAUGGAUGAGCACAAAACUAGUUUAGGCAGUGGCAGUUAAUGAUAUUGCUGAUUUGCCAGGACAAUCAUUGCCUUAAAAAUGAGCAUGCAAGCCAAGGUAGCAGCACUAAUGUACAUGGGGAAACUGAUGGACUCUUGUUAGUCAGAUCAGUCACUCGAGGUGCUGGCUGGCAGCUCCCAGGACCAAUACUUCUCAGUUGUUUCCCAUACAUUUAAAUGGCUUUUUCUUUUUAAUAUGAAGUAGCAGAUUUUUUAGGGUGUAUGGCAGCAAAGAUAUCUUGCCUUGUGAGUGUCCAGAUCAGUCAAAUCAGUUUAGAAAGAUGACUUGUCUCUGGCUUUGGUUCUGAACCUGUUUCUGCAGGGGGGUUGGACUGAAUGAUCUCUAAAGGUGCCUUCCAGCCCCUGUAUCAUUCUAUGAUUCUAUGAUUUGGUCUCCUCAGUGAAUAAGAAAGAACAGCAAUGUCCAUGUUAUGUAGCGUCUGCAGAUUUUACUGAGAGCAUCCAAAGCUGACAGCAUGCCCAAGCAUCCCUGUUCUCUCAAAUACAGAUAGCACUUCUGGUCCUGUAAGCUCUGUGUAAAAGCAUAAAAGCAUUUGAAGAGAGAGAUGUCCCUAACAUCACACGUCUGGUCUGCACUGCUGGCUAUGAGGUGACAGCUGCUGCUGCUGCUGCUGCACAUUCUCUUGUUUUGCUAAGGCAAAGUUUCAAGCAGUAUUUGAUGGAAAUUAAGCAAAGAUAAAUCAGAAAGACCUGCUGUUUCACAAAACUACAUGGAGAAAACCAAGGUCUUCCAGCUGACCUUACAUCAGAUAACAGUGUGAAGCUCUUAGAAAUUAUUGUCAUCUGAACAUGCCCAUUUACACACACAAAACAACAGCUCUAAAGCCACUGGUUUCACUAGCAACAAUCAAAUCUUUGAAGUCUCUUGCAAAGGGAUCAGCAAGUCUUGACCACAACAUGAAAAUACAGUUGUACAUUUUGGGCACAGUCCUUCAUUGCCUUGCAUCUUAAGAAGUCCCUUGCUAGAUCACAAAGAAGGUAUGGAAUGCUCCUCUGAUUUCACACCUACUUUGGAUAAGGUGCAGGGCAAUGAAGACUUUUGUCCUAAUUUCAUUUUCCACCUGUCACAUUCUAUCACUUCAGGCUCUUGCUCUUUAUCAGAAUAAUCCUUUAGGUUUUGGACAGCCAAGUCACCAAACAGAAUGGACAGCCAUUCACAAAAGCUCACUUAAAAGCAAGCAAUCAGGAUGACACAAGAAGGCUACCUCAGUAAGGUCAGAUAGAAGGACAUGGCUCAAACAGCCUCAUUUUCCUGCAGUUCAGUAAAAGACACCACUCAGCAUUCAGUAUUGCUUUGAAAAACAACAGUUGUCAGCAUCAAGUGAGGUACAGCUUGUGGGACAAGAAAAGGCUUGUUACUAGACUAGAUCAUAUAAAUGGGGAGGAAAUGAUCAACUCAGGGGGACACAAGCCCUUCUACAAGCCAACAUUGCUUCUGUAAGCCACAUGAUUUCCACACUGACAGAGAAUCUUAAGAAUUCCCUGUUCAGCUUCAAAUGACCACAGUGAGGAACAUUCUCCAAAUACUGCCCACGGUGCCAGCGAUGGUAUUGAGGGAUUUCAGGUCUUGCCUAAGGCUUACAGUAAAGUUUCCAAACCCCACUUCACCAAAUAGAAAGAAAUCAUAGUGAGGGAAAUACCUAGAUUUCAUAAUCAGCUGAUUUGUUUCUGUUUGUGGGUUGUUUUGGCAGCAUGGGGAAGGUACCACUCUUUCCCAUUGGCCCCUUCAGAACGCUGUGGUUAUUCAGGUUUCCUCAUCUGCCUCCACAGUGUAGCUCAGAUCACCACCUGAUCAAAUCACUCACCAAGCACAUUAAUUACCUGGCACUGUUUGGCUAUUGUUUCAUGGUAGGUGAAGUUUCCACAUGGAUUUAAGACAGUUUCACCUCAGUAUAAUUCCACUCACUCCAGUUUAACUCAUCCUUGAGGAAAAAUUGGAUUCAGCAAGCUUGUUCUCUUAAGUCUUCCUCUCCAUUUCAUCUUCAAGCAGAGCCAACAUGAAAACACCAGUGACACAUUUUCUGGUUACAAUUCCCAUGCCUCUUUUUCCCACCUAAGCUUCUUUUCACAUCUUUAGGUCAAGCAAGAAAAAAAAAGGGAGGCAGGGAAAGAACAAUACAAAGGUUUUGUCUUCAAGGGGGAAAGUGUGGUUUCAUUGUGAGUUGUUGCAAGGUUAAAGACUCACCUUUCUGCCCAGCAGAACUACAGUUUGCACCUUUGCUUUGUUUACACGACUUUCACACCCACUUACCCUUUUCCAGAGAUGGCAAAGGGGCGGUUUUCAUGCACAGAGUCAGGCACUCAGACCUACCUGAGGAGCUGGCUCUGUUCCUGGGGCAGCGUGGUGCUUUGCAGAUGGCCACAAGCCCAGAUGGAGAGAUGAACCAGCUCCAAAUUCCCCACAGGUACUGCAGCUCCACACCAUCUACAAAAAUGCUGGUCAAAAAGCUCCAGGUAACUCCUGUGCCAACAUCCUGUCCACCCAGUCACCAUCCCUUUUAAUUAACUGAAACCAGCUCCUAUAAGUGCAGAACAGCAUUUCAAACGGUGGCCUCCGAAGGUCCUUAAAACCUUUGACACAGCAGCUGGGGUGAUUUCUUCUGCUGUUAUGGAAGACUGAAAAGUAGUUUGGGGUAUUUUUGAAUUCUCUUUUUACCCUAUGCAUUUUUGAUGUGGACAGGGGGUUCAGUGAGAUUAGCUUAAAGUUUACCAGUUCAUGGUUUUGUACUUGGAUUUUCUGUAUAUAUGUACACACACACACACACACAUAUAUAUAAUUACAGAAUAUAUAUCUGGAAUGUAAAUUCUUUAUAUUUUUAUUUUCUGUAUUUCCUACGUGCCUCUUGGAUAUGUAAGAACCAACUGAAAAGCUGUAAGAGCAAGGCCAGCUUUAAUCACUGGCAUCUGUACUUAUAUAAAAGAUAUUC